GACCACGCGCAUCAGCACGACGUCCCCGUCGGCUGGACGAGCAGCGACAUCCCUUUGUCGGAGGUGGCCCGGCACAACAAGCCGCACGACUGCUGGAUCGCCAUCUGCGGCGAGGUCUUCGACCUGACGGAUUUCCUGAAGCACCACCAGGAGCAGCGCAACUCCAUCCUUGCCUGGGCCGGCCGCGAUGCGACGCCCAUGUUCGACAAGAUCCCGGGCAGGUUCCCGAGCAAGCAGUGGAUGGAGUACUACAUGCGCCCGGAGUUCAAGACCGGCAAGGUCGGCCCGGAGAAGCCAGUGGACUCCAUCAUCAUGGA